AUCCCGUUUUCCUCUUAUAAAAUGUGUUUCCGUCAGGUGCGUAAGCGUUUCGUUUUCGCCUGAUAGAGAUAAUUCUUCAUUUCUUCGUCGUCAAAAUUUCGAAAAUGCCUCGACGCAGCUCCGGAGGAAGAUCUGCUCCUCGCCCUCGUCCUGCAGCUGCACGUAGCCCGCCUCCUCAAACUGUUAAUCGUGCUCCUCCUCCAGCAACAGCUCAGCCUAAUGGUGGUGGUUCUAUGCUUGGGGGUAUUGGUUCAACCAUAGCUCAAGGUAUGGCUUUUGGUACUGGAAGUGGAAUUGCACACAGGGCUGUGGAUGCUGUGAUGGGCCCAAGAACCAUUCAGCACGAAACCGUUGUUUCUAAGGCUGUCUCUGCAACCCCUGUUGCAAACAGCAUGAGUUCUGGUUCUUGUGACAUUCAAUCCAAGGCUUUCCAAGAUUGUGUCAACAAUUUUGGAAGCGACAUCAGUAAGUGCCAGUUCUACAUGGACAUGUUGUCUGAGUGCAGGAAGAAUUCUGGUUCCAUGAUGGCUGCCUAAGUUUGAUUUCGUAUCUACUAUUGUUAUUUGUAAUAAUUUCUCCAAAAAAAAACUAUGUGAAAUCAGGGAAAUAUGUGAGAAGAGGUGGUUCUCUGUGGUGUCUUUGAUAUAGUCAGACGCUGAAGUCUGUUGGUUUGUUUUCCUUUGGUGAAAAACCAAAAGUCUGCUUAGUGGAAAAGUAUUAUAAAGCUUAGAUAUAACUUUGUCGAGGAUUUUAAAUUUAUCCUCUUUUUCUUCAAGUCCAUGUUCUACUUUUUUGUUGAAAUUUGGAAGUUAACUAUCUUUAUCUAUGUUAAACAAAAUUCAAAAGUGAAA